CUCGGCGAGCAGGGCGGGUCUGGGAAGGAAGCACGUCUCCAGCGCGGCGGAGUGGCUUUCUUUGUGAGACCCUGCUCAGGGCUGGGUCCCGUCUGGUGCAGUUGGAUGAGGGACGCGAUCCUUUCCGCGGGGUCGCAGCUAAAUGCUGAUAGGAAUCCCAACGACCUGGGGCCCACUUGUCCGCCUCCGGUGCGUCUCGGACUACGUUUCCCAGAGGGCCCCUGGGCAUGCCGGUGCCUCUCCCGAGAACUCGGCCUCCAAGUCACGCGCUGGCGGGACCCUUCGGGCUGCACCCGCAAGUACCCCAAGGGUCUUGCUGCUCUGGAAGCGUGGAAGGCCUGAUGUGAGGACCCGACGACAGAACGGGGCGUUUACCUCGGCUUUGGGUGGCGGAGGAGCUCUGCCUUUUUCCAGAGGAGGCCUUUUCCUGCAAAUAUCAAAAUCAUGGCUCAGGAGUCAUUGAUGUUCAGUGAUGUGUCCAUAGACUUCUCUCAGGAGGAGUGGGAAUGCCUGAAUGAUGAUCAGAGAGAUUUAUACAGAGAUGUGAUGUUGGAGAAUUACAGCAACUUGGUUUCAAUGGGGUAUUCCAUUUCUAAACCAAUUGUGAUCUCCUACUUGGAGCAAGGGAAGGAGCCUUGGUUGGUUGACAGACAGCUAACAGGAGGCCAGUGGCCAGUCCUGAAAUCAAGAUGUGAAACCAAGAAAUUAUUUCUGAAGAAAGAAAUUUAUGAAAUAGAGUCAGCUCAAUGGGAGCUAAUGGAAAGAAUUACAAGACAUGACCUUCAGUGUUCUCGUUUCAGAGAUGAUUGGAAAUGUAAUGGUCAGUUUGACAAACAACAUGGCUCUCAGGAGGGACCUUUUAGUCAAGCAAUACUCACUCAUGAAGACAUGUCCACUUGCAGUCAGCAUCCAUCCUUUACAGUACAGCAAAUCAUUAAUAAUAAAGAGAAAUACUGUGCAACUAAAGAAUACAGGAAAACUUUUAGACAUGGCUCACAAUUUGCUACACAUCAGAUAAUUCAGACCAUUGAGAAACCCUAUGAAUGUAAGGAUUGUGGAAAGGCCUUUAGACAUCCCUCAAGACUCGCUCAUCAUCAGAAAAUUCAUACUGGGAAGAAACCCUUUGAAUGUAAGGAAUGUGGAAAAACCUUUAUUUGUGGCUCAGACCUUACUCGACAUCACAGAAUUCACACUGGUGAGAAACCCUAUGAAUGUAAGGAAUGCGGAAAGGCCUUUAGUAGUGGCUCAAACUUUACUCGACAUCAGAGAAUUCACACUGGGGAGAAACCGUAUGAAUGUAAAGAAUGCGGGAAGGCCUUUAGUAGUGGCUCAAACUUUACUCAACAUCAGAGAAUUCAUACUGGGGAGAAACCCUAUGAAUGUAAGGAAUGUGGCAAUGCCUUUAGUCAGAGCUCACAGCUUAUUAAACAUCAGAGAAUCCAUACAGGUGAGAAACCCUAUGAAUGUAAGGAAUGUGAAAAGGCUUUUCGUUCUGGUUCAGACCUUACUAGACAUCAGAGAAUUCAUACUGGUGAGAAACCCUAUGAAUGUAAGAUAUGUGGGAAAGCCUAUUCUCAGAGUUCUCAACUUAUAAGUCAUCACAGAAUUCAUACUGGUGAGAAACCAUAUGAAUACAGGGAAUGUGGAAAGAACUUUAAUUAUGGUGCACAGCUUAUUCAGCACAAAAUUUGUACUGGUGAUAAACCAGAUAUAUGAACUAUAUCUGGGAAGGCUUUUAAUUAUGGCUUAAAACAAUUCAACAUCAAAAUUUAUGUAGAUAGAUAAUCCCUCUCGAAAAUGUAGGAACAUUUUGUUUGUUGGCUACAGCUUAUUCAACCCAAGAAAAAUCAUAUUGGAGAAAUAGCCUGUGAAUAAAUUACAUUUUGGAAGCCCUCUAAUAAAAACUCAUCUUUCUCUUGACAUCAGAUAAUUUAGUCUAGCAAAUAUUGAAAUGACCUUUUUAACCUUUUUUAAUGUCAGAGAAUUUAUGCAGAAAUGUAAUCCCAUAAUUUUCAUUUAUUUUCCUCCAAUUUGUCUAUAAUUGUUAUUCUUAAUAAUUUAAUCCACCUUAAAUUUAUAUGACUGUUAAGUUCAUUUGCUUACGUCAUGGUUUGUAAAAUAUAUUUACUUUUAAAAUAUCUUGGAGAAAAGACCUCUUUUAUUUUUAAAGACUAUUUUUGCGUUUUACAAAAUUAAGUCUUUUUUAUUGUAAAACGCUCAUGAACAACUUUCUAUUCAGUAUAUAGAGGUCCCUUAAUAUCUUUUUGGUGUUUCAUGUGUUACUGUAAUAUCAUCUUAUUAAAUUCCAGUUGGUGGACAUUGUUGUUUCCUCCAGAUAUUUUGCCAUAACAACCACCAGAAUAAAUGUCUCUGAUGGACAUUCUUUCUUUCUAGGCACACCUUUGUAUCAUGUCUUUUGUAUUAAUUGCAGAAAUAAUGCACAAAUAUAUUUUCCUUAGAAAAGAUUUAAAUGUUGGGACCAGCAGUUUGUAAUGGC